ACAUACAUCGGUUCCAUCGUCGCCUCCGUGAACCCCUACAAGACCAUUCCAGGGCUGUACGACUGCACUGCCAUGGAGCAAUACAGCAAGCACCACAUGGGAGAGAUCGCACCCCACAUCUUCGCCGUGGCCAACGAGUGCUACCGCUGCCUUUGGAAGCGCCAUGACAACCAGUGCAUCCUCAUCAGUGGUGAAAGUGGUGCCGGAAAGACAGAAAGCACUAAGCUAAUUCUCAAGUUCUUAUCUGCAAUGAGCCAACAUUCACUGGAGCUGUCUUCCAGAGAGAAAACCUUCUGCGUGGAACAAGCUAUUCUUGAAAGCAGUCCAAUUAUGGAAGCUUUUGGAAACGCGAAGACUGUUUACAACAACAACUCGAGUCGCUUUGGGAAGUUCAUUCAGCUGAACAUCUGUCAGAAAGGGAACAUUCAGGGAGGAAGAAUUAUAGAUUAUUUAUUGGAAAAAAACCGUGUAGUAAGGCAGAACCCUGGGGAAAGAAAUUAUCAUAUAUUCUACGCUCUGCUGGCAGGGGUAGAAGAGAGAGAGAAAGAUGCUUUUUACUUAUCUAUGCCGGAGAACUACCACUACCUGAAUCAGUCUGGAUGUACAGCGGAUAAGACAAUCAGUGACAAAGACUCUUUCAAGGAAGUCAUUACUGCAAUGGAAGUGAUGCAGUUCAGCAAGGAGGAAGUGCGAGAAGUUUUGCGGCUAUUAGCUGGCAUUUUGCAUCUGGGAAACAUUGAGUUUAUCACUGCUGGUGGGGCGCAGGUGUCCUAUAAAACAGCUCUGGGAAGAUCUGCUGAAUUACUGGGGUUGGACUCCACACAGCUAACUGAAGCAUUGACACAGAGGUCAAUGAUACUCAGGGGAGAAGAAAUCCUAACACCUCUUAGUAUACAACAGGCAAUAGAUAGCAGAGAUUCUAUGGCUAUGGCACUUUAUUCUCAGUGUUUUGCGUGGGUCAUUAAGAAAAUCAACAGCAGGAUCAGAAGCAAGGAAGACUUCAAGUCCAUUGGAAUUCUGGAUAUAUUUGGAUUUGAAAACUUUGAGGUUAAUCGUUUUGAGCAGUUUAAUAUUAACUAUGCAAAUGAAAAGCUUCAGGAGUAUUUCAAUAAACACAUCUUUUCCUUGGAGCAACUGGAAUACAGCAGGGAAGGACUAGUUUGGGAAGAUAUUGACUGGACAGACAAUGGAGAGUGCUUGGAUCUGAUUGAAAAGAAACUUGGCCUGCUGGCACUCAUCAAUGAAGAGAGCCAUUUUCCUCAAGCCACUGACUCCACCUUACUGGAGAAGCUGAAUGCCCAGCACGCCAGCAAUCCUUUUUAUGUGAAACCAAGAGUUGCCGUUCACAACUUUGGAGUGAAACACUAUGCCGGGGAGGUCCAGUACGACGUCCGAGGGAUCCUGGAGAAGAACAGAGAUACUUUCAGAGAUGAUCUCCUGAACUUGCUGCGUGAGAGCAGUCUUGAUUUCAUCUACGAUCUAUUUGAACACGUUUCAAGUCGCAACAAUCAAGAUACUCUUAAAUGUGGAAGCAAGCACCGCAAGCCCACUGUCAGCCUGCAGUUCAAGGAAUCUCUUCAUUCUUUAAUGGCAACGCUGAGUUCUUCGAAUCCUUUCUUUGUCCGUUGCAUCAAACCCAACGUGCAGAAGAUGCCAGACCAGUUUGAUCAGACUGUGGUGCUCAACCAGCUGCGCUAUUCCGGGAUGCUGGAGACAGUGAGGAUUCGAAGGGCUGGCUUCCCAGUCCGAAGGCCCUUUCAAGACUUUUAUAAAAGAUACAAAGUCCUCAUGAGAAACUUAACUCUGCCUGAAGACUUGAAUGAGAAAUGUGCAGUCCUCCUUCGCCUGUAUGACAACACAAGCACUGAAUGGCAGCUUGGAAAAAAUAAGGUUUUUCUCCGAGAAUCCUUGGAACACAAGUUGGAGAAGCAGCGAGAGGUGGAAGUCACCAAGGCAGCAAUGAUUAUCCGAGCACACAUCUUAGGUUAUGCAGCCCGAAAGCGGUAUAGAAAGGUUCUUUACUGCGUGGUUGUGAUUCAGAAGAAUUACAGAGCAUUUUGUGGUAGGAAAAGGUUCCUUUGCCUGAAGAAAGCAGCCAUAAUUCUUCAGAAGCAGCGACGAGGCCAGCUUGCUCGACGUGUCUACAGAGAACGGCUAGAGGAGAAGCGUCGAGAAGAGGAAGAAAGGAGAAAAGAGGAGGAAGAAAGGGAAAGACUAAGGCAAGAAGCAGAGCGUCUUGCCCAGCAGGCUGAAGAAGAGAGGAAGCAGCAGGAACUGGCUGGCAUUCAGAAAGACCAGAAGGAGGCAGAGCCGAACAACACCAUGCUUAUACCUCCUACCCACGACUCAGUCAGUCUCCACAACUCGUCAAGUGGUGAAUCCACAUACUGCAUGCCAGAGAACGUGUCGUGCAGGCCCCCAAAUUCUGUGGAACUCAUUUCUCCUGAUGGAGACUAUGAUUAUGACCAAGAUGAUUAUGAAGAUGGUGCUAUUACUUCUGGUAGCAGUGUGACCUUCUCUAAUUCACACAGCAGCCAGUGGUCCCCUGACUACCGGUGCUCAGUGGGGACAUACAACAGCUCUGGAGCAUACAGGUUUAGUUCCGAAGGAGCUCAGUCUUCUUUCGAAGACAGCGAAGAAGACUUUGACUCCAGGUUUGAUACAGAUGAUGAACUUUCCUACCGGAGGGAUUCAGUCUACAGCUGUGUCAGCCUGCCCUACUUCCACAGUUUUCUGUACAUGAAAGGUGGCUUAAUAAACACAUGGAAGCGACGCUGGUGUGUCCUGAAAGAUGAGACCUUCCUGUGGUUUCGUUCCAAGCAGGAAGCACUUAAACAGGGUUGGCUUCACAAAAAGGGGGGUGGAUCGUCUACACUUUCCAGAAGGAACUGGAAGAAACGAUGGUUUGUUCUCAGGCAGUCCAGAUUGAUGUACUUCGAAAAUGACAGUGAAGAAAAGCUAAAGGGUGCUAUUGAUGUCCGAACAGCCAAAGAGAUUGUUGAUAAUACUGGCAAAGAAAAUGGUAUUGAUCUAAUAAUGGGUGAUAGAACCUAUCAUUUGAUUGCUGAGUCUCCUGAGGAUGCAAGCCAGUGGUUUAGUGUCCUGAGCCAAGUGCAUGCGUCCACUGAGCAAGAGAUCCGAGAGAUGCACGAUGAGCAGGCAAAUCCACAGAAUGCCGUGGGUACACUCGAUGUAGGACUCAUUGAUUCUGUCUGUGCUGCUGACAAUCCAGAUAGACCCAAUUCAUUUGUGAUCAUCACUGCUAACCGUGUUCUUCACUGUAAUGCUGACACUCCCGAAGAGAUGCAUCACUGGAUAACCCUACUGCAGAGGUCGAAGGGGGACACCAGAGUGGAGGGACAGGAAUUCAUUGUGAGAGGAUGGCUCCACAAGGAAGUGAAAAACAACCCAAAGAUGUCUUCGUUAAAGCUAAAGAAGCGCUGGUUUGUGCUGACACACAAUUCUCUGGACUAUUACAAGAGCUCGGAGAAGAACGCUUUGAAACUGGGGACGCUGGUCCUGAACAGCCUCUGCUCUGUCGUCCCACCCGAUGAAAAAAUCUUCAAAGAGACAGGCUACUGGAAUGUAACUGUAUACGGACGCAAACACUGUUACCGUCUCUACACGAAGUUGCUUAACGAGGCCACCCGUUGGUCAAGCGCCAUCCAGAAUGUGAUUGACACAAAAGCACCAAUUGAUACACCAACCCAGCAACUUAUUCAGGAUAUUAAGGAAAACUGCCUAAAUGCCGAAGUGGUUGAACAAAUUUAUAAGAGAAACCCUAUUCUCCGUUACACUCAUCAUCCGUUGCACUCGCCAUUACUGCCAUUGCCAUAUGGGGACAUCAAUCUCAACUUGCUGAAAGACAAGGGCUACACAACUCUGCAGGAUGAAGCCAUCAAGAUAUUCAAUUCAUUACAGCAGCUAGAGUCUAUGUCUGACCCCAUCCCUAUAAUUCAAGGUAUCCUGCAAACCGGGCACGAUUUGCGACCUCUUCGAGAUGAGCUGUACUGUCAGCUCAUCAAGCAGACCAACAAAGUACCUACCCCUGGGAGCGUGGGGAACCUGUAUAGUUGGCAGAUACUCACCUGCAUGAGUUGCACUUUUCUGCCCAGCCGCAGCAUCCUCAAAUACCUCAAGUUCCAUCUCAAAAGGGUUCGUGACCAGUUUCCGGGAACUGAAAUGGAGAAAUAUGCACUUUUUACUUACGAGUCUCUGAAAAAAACCAAAUGCAGAGAGUUUGUGCCAUCACGGGAUGAAAUAGAAGCCCUGAUCAGCAGGCAGGAAAUGACGUCUACAGUUUAUUGCCAUGGUGGUGGCUCCUGUAAGAUCACCAUCAACUCGCACACUACAGCCGGAGAGGUGGUUGAAAAGCUAAUUCGUGGCUUGGCCAUGGAGGAUAGCAGAAAUAUGUUUGCUUUGUUUGAAUACAAUGGAACUACUAAUAAAGCAAUUGAAAGCAGAACCAUUGUGGCAGAUGUCUUGGCAAAGUUUGAAAAGCUCACUGCUUCUGCUGAAGCUGGGGAGAUGCACUGGAAGUUUUAUUUCAAGCUCUACUGCUUCCUGGACACAGAAAAUGUCCCCAAAGACAGUGUGGAAUUCGCCUUUAUGUUUGAGCAGGCUCAUGAAGCAGUGAUUAGAGGACACUAUCCUGCUCCAGAAGAAACGCUCCAGGUCCUUGCAGCUUUGCGUCUUCAGUAUCUUCAGGGAGAUUACACUCUGCAUACCACCAUACCAGACAUGGAGGAAGUCUACCCCUUGCAAAAGCUGAAGUCUCGGAUUACUCAGUCCACCAAAACCUUUACUGCAACAGAGAAGGCUGAGAAGAAGCGAGCCAGCUUCCUUGAAGGGACGCUGCGGAGGAGCUUCCGCAGUGGCUCUAUCAGCAAGCAGAAGGUCGAGGAGGAUCAGAUGUUAGACAUGUGGGUCAAAGAGGAAGUCUCAGCUUCCAGGACUAGUAUUAUUGACAAAUGGAAAAAGCUGCAGAGAAUGAACCAGGAGCAGGCUAUGGCCAAGUAUAUGGCUUUGAUUAAGGAAUGGCCUGGCUACGGGUCAACAUUGUUUGAUGUAGAGUGUAAAGAAGGGGGCUUUCCACAAGAAUUGUGGCUUGGAGUCAGCGCUGACGCCGUCUCUGUCUAUAAGCGUGGAGAAGGCCGGCCUCUGGAAGUGUUUCAGUAUGAACACAUCUUGUCCUUUGGGGCACCGCUUGCCAACACCUACAAGAUUGUCGUGGAUGAGAGAGAACUGCUUUUUGAGACUAGUGAGGUGGUUGACAUUGCCAAGCUGAUGAAAGCCUACAUCAGUAUGAUCGUGAAAAAGCGCUACAGCACCUCUCGGUCAGUGAGCAGUCACGGAAGUCAAGGCAGCUGCAGGUGAAAGCAAAGCCAGUGGCACUGUGUGCGCUCGUAACAGAACUUACCGCUGCUUGGCCUCCAGCUCACCCGACGAUACCAAUCACCUUUGUCAACAACCGAACCAAGAACCAGAAUUUCUAAGGAAAAUACCUUCAAGGCUUGUUUUUAAAAGACUACAGGCUGGGGGUUGGGAAGGACAUCGGCUGGAAUAGUCACAUACUAGAACUGUUGACUUACCCCAAAAUUCCAAAGCAUCGUGAUCUUCAGUUUAUGCAACAGAUGCCUUAAGACUUGACCCACUGCAAUACAAGCAGUAAAAAGUGCCUUACAACAUUUAAACGGACUUGUAUUAACCUAAAAUUGCUGAUAAAAAUCAAGAUUUUUCUCCGAUCAAAACGCUGCAAGAGAAGUUCAUCCAUUCUGCACUAACCUACCGGCCUGCAUACUUGUGGGAAUGGGGGAGGAAAGAAGAGGGAGGUUUAUUUUUUUUGGGAGCUGCUGGCAGCCUUCC